CUCAGACAAAGACAGCAGUUAUAAACUGCCAAGGAUCUUAUCACAUCAUAUCACUUUCACUGCACAAGCUGAUUUUCACACAUCGCCGCCUUCUCGUGCGGAAGGCAAAAAUUCAGUGUUGACUGCUGAACACAUGACCUGCUGAAAAUAAGGAACUACGGAUAAACCAAAGAGCUCAGAAGGGACGUAGCUGAAAUGAAGGCAGCAAAUAAUUCUUUACUGCACUGCGACGAGCACAAGAAAAAUAAUACAGAAAAUCUGUUCAUGGAAAUAGGCUUGAUAAUUGAGAUACUGGGCCUGCCGGGAACAAUAAUAUCUUUGUGGAUUUUCUGCUGUUGCAUGAAGUCAUGGAAACCCCACACCCUCUUCCUCUUCAAUCUGGUUCUUGCUGACUUCUUGGUCCUCAUCAACGUGCCUUUCCGCAUCGACACCUACCUGCGAGACAGGUGGGUGUUUGGAUGGGUCUGGUGCAGAAUCAGCCUCUUCAUGCUGACUGUCAAUCGCUCUGCCAGUAUUGGAUUCAUGACGGCGGUGGCACUUGAUCGCUACUUUAAGGUGGUCCACCCACAUCACUGCAUCAGCCAAAUCACUUCCGUACAGGCGGGCUGGCUUGCGGGCUUGAUCUGGGCUGCUGUGGUGGUCCGUGGGAUUCCGCUGCUGACCGCUAAACUUCUCCACGAGGAGAGUGGCAAGUGCCGUAGCUUCAACUCCUAUGAAGAAGACCCUGUGCCGAUUACGCUGCAUUACAUUGCCUUUGUUGCUGAGUUCCUCCUGCCCUGGUUCUUGCUGCUCUUCUGCUCAGCAAAGAUAGUCUGUUGGCUUCGCCAUUGGCGACUAGGCAGGCAGCUGAGGGGACGGAAGGCCAUCAGAGCGGUCAUGGUGAUCAUUCUGGUGUUUACCUUGUGCUUCAUGCCAAGCGUCAUCACAGGCCUAGCGGCAAUCUACAUCAAGAAAAUCCACCCCCAUGACUGCAAGUCCUACACUAAGGUAACCCAGGCCUUCAUGAUAUGCAUCGUCUUCACCUACCUCAACAGCGCUUUGGACCCUAUCGUCUACACUUUCUCCAGCUCCAUGUUUCGUGAUGCCCUCAAGACCUCCAUCUGCUUCAAGAAGAUCUUCAGACCGGUUAGCACGAGAGUCUCCAACAGCUGAAAGGCAAAGAUAGAUUUUAAAAUACAAUGAAUGUCUACUUCAAUGUAAGACUGGAAGCAGCAUCUGUGGAAGAUGCUAAAGACUCUAAUGACUUCUGUGAGUAAGGAGUGAGGAGUCCAUGAACUGUUUGACGCUGGUUUCAUAUAUUGUUACUGACUAAAAAAAACACUGUACGGCAUCCCCAAACUACCUUCUGCUUAGCUGAAAUAGACAAGUUUAUAAACUGGCUAACGCUUGUUAGAUAAAACAUCAGACAAGAAAAUUUAAGUAGAGAAAAAGCUAGCUCAAAUCACCUUCUUACUAUGUUAAAGAUGAGUGACUGAUGUGGGGAGAGUGUUUCUUGCCAAGAGCCACUAACUUCUCCAGCUACAUAUUUUACGAUGUGUGUUUUCAGAUUCGUACAGCACACAUUAGACAAAACAAGCUGUUUUGUCAAGCUGUCAAAACAGUGUGUGAAACGCUUUUCAGUCUUUGGUGGAGUUUGUAAAUGCUGUAUGACAUUAAGGUGGAUGUUGCAAGAACAAGUUGUCUACAAUUUGAACAGUUUGGUUGUAUACACCUUUGUGACUCCAUUUUUCAUUUUUUAAGUAUGCACAUGUGGAAGAGCCUAUUUAACUGUCAAAACCUGCCAAGCCCAUAAAUGCCACAAUUAUCGCUAUAGUAGAGCACAUUUCCCAAGCUUGAGUCAACAGUUUCAUCGCCAAGAUAGAGGACAAUGUUUUGGUAAACAGUUUAUCACUCCACGAAACCAGAAGAGGAGUAAGCGUGUAUAAUGAUGUAGCAAGAAGAUGAUAAAAGAAUAUGGGACGAUGCAGAACUGUGUAGAGGUGGGAUACUGGUCCAAGCACCAUGUUGCUACUGCAGUGCACUACUGCAUAUUUUUAUUGUUUCCAAAUAGCUUUUUGUACUGGUAGUCUACAUUUUUUCACUGCUUCUGUGUUGUUGAACAAAUGUAUAUAUUGGAACACAUAUUCUAACAGAAGCAAAUGCAAGCGCCUGCUUUCUUUAGAGAGUACCAUGGCAUUUCAAAUAAAGAAAUUAGAAAAUAAGACACACAUUUCCUAAAACAUCCCUACAAUCCUGCUUUACACACUGUUGAAGGAACUUGUAAUUUUGUGCAGUGAUGAUUUUAAUAAUUUUGACACGAGUUAAAGAUUUCGGGUGAUUAACGGCCUCCUGCAGGUCAUGUAUUUUGUUUUGCUGUAUGUUUGCACUGUUUUGAGAAAUAUAUAUUUUGAGGGCUGAGAGCUUCAAAAAUCUUGGUGUUUUCUUGUGACAUCCAGAUUUAUAUUAUACCCAUUUCUUUCACAGGUACUCCAGUCGCCACUGAAGUACCUGUGUUCAUCCUGCAAUGUGGAUAUAAUAAAAUCAGUAAAACAUGAACGUUCA